UUACGAAGUUUCCUGAAGGUCUCCAAUACGAAAUACACCUCCACAUGCACCUCACUGUUCUCUCAAACUCCUUCCUCUUCCAUGACGCUGAAAGCAGCUGUUUAAGAAGUAUAUCAAUGCGCAUGCGUCGACACCAUCACCUUCCUGGCCACUUCAUUGUGUACGAAGGAGACGAGGUGAACACUCUUCACCUGGUAAAGAGGGGUAAAAUCGAGAUAAUUGUGGACGGAAAUUACAAAGGAAGAAUUGUUGAAGGUGACGCAUUCGGAACAACUCUAAGACAAGCAUCAACUAGAGCCCAGUCCGUCGUCAGUCUCCGUGCCUCGUCGUGUGUCGAUUGUCACGUGAUCAAGAURAAGGAGUUAACCGAUGUUUUGCAAUCCUAUUCUAAAACUCAUGAGUUCUUGCUCAACUUAAUGGAUACUGCUGACCCUUGGCCUUUGGAAGAGAAAGAGCCAGUCAAUGGYAAUGUCCAUUUCAUCCAAUCCGAAAAGGAAUUAAAAAACCGAAAGCAUCUCGAUUUUGAGUCGAGACACUUCGUAAGCCAAACGUACCGGCUUCGACCGAUCUUCGGCUGCAGAACGGGAGAAACAUCAAGUAUUCAGGAAGAGCCUAUACCUUUAGAAGAUUUCAGAAACCAAUCUGAGCAUCACAAUUUACGCGUACAUUCACCUCGAUUUGUCAAUAUUACUGAUUUGCGAAGCGCGACUCGUGCAGAAGAAGAAGAUGAAUUUGAUGAACAGGAAGAUGAUGAAUCGAUUGGAGAUUUGCAAAUGUCAGGAUAUCAAGAUGGUGACGAAGAAGAUCCCGUCCUUACAGACAUUAAGCUAACRUGUAGUGACUGUGAAAGCGAAAAAGGUCGGCGGACGCAAAUGGAAGAGAAAGUACGAGAAAUGUCCGACAAUAUUCAAAGACUUGAAAAGAAAGUAGACUCGUUGGUAAACGCUUUAUUAUCACAAGGUAAAGACACUAGCAAAGAUCAACCAUCAUUAGUUGAAGUACACAGCAGUCCGCAAAGAACUACUAACGUUUAGAWCAUCUUUAUACAAACGUUUACAAGCGAAUUAAAUCCAUCAAAGUUAAGUUUGUUGGACAGCUUUUUAGAGCAGAAACACGAAGCAGUAUACUUUUUUGACAAGUCAUGUAUGCUACAAUUUUCAUAAUUUAGGAACUCGAGCAAUGGUGAUCGGCCACCUCAUGCUUUUUCUCCCGUCUAUUAAAACUCCGAAAAUUCAAAGUGUCGUACAUAAAAAUCGAAGUCAAAUGGCGAUUUAUUUUCGAUUUUAUCGGAACUGAUUCUUGGUGAAAUGAGAAAUUUCGGCGAAGUUCGGAGUUUUGAUUGACGGAAUCAAAACCAGAAAAUGGUACGUUUAGCGUAAGGCAAUUGAAGUAUUCUUAGUGCAGUAAGGAAAACAUUUCAUAUCUUAAAAAGCCYUCAGUAUCUGAGAGAAUUACAUUUGUAUGUGGCCGAAGAAUGUUGGCUUGACUUGAAAGAAUCUUCCCACAGCGCUAGAGCUACAAACAAGGUUGAUUACAUUGUUUAACAAGCGAGACUUGAUCAGAAAAGAAAAAAAAAACGUUCAUCUAUUUAUAACUUUUUAGCUUUCCAUUUUUUUAUAAGCAAGAAAACAAUGUUUUAUUAUACAGAUAGUUUUCGAAAGACUAUCUUUCUUGAGGUUUUCAGAACUUUCAACAUAGAUUUAGAUUCUAUUGUCAACUAGCAAAGGCUAGUACGAAGGUAGUUUUUACAUCGAAAUAUUUCAUACAUCUCAUUUCAUUAUUUGCUAUCAUGAUCAGUGUAUGGACAAUUUGAAUUCUCUUUAGUAGCCUUAACUUCUCGAAAGUCUUCGUACUAAAUUCACGACCGACCAUACUUAAAGGGACACUGUCAAUGGAUGACAUGCGCAGUAACAGUCUCACCUCUAACGGACUUUGAAAGUAUAACC